CCCCCUCAAUGAAAGUCUAUGGGACUUUUGUCAAGCCAACAUAAUUCUGAGAAAAUGUCUAAAAUCAUUUGUUGGCAAAUUCCACUUCAUUUGAUUUGAUAGUUGGUAUCUCAAGCAAUGUCAUUUAUACAUUUUAAAAUGUGGCUGAAAUGUAUAUAGUGAUACUGUUACUGAUACUUCUACUAUUUAUUCUUUCUAUUUAUAGGGCCAGAAUUUUACAAUGGGUAACAAAACAUCUUCAGAAAACAGUUCAAAUCCGCUCAAAAGCAAUCUCGAAGACAAUACAACAGCAACAACAUUAUUCAAACAAGAGCCAAGAUGUUGUUGUUGUUGUUGUUCAAAGCAGGUGACAUACAGAAUUCCAGCUCUCAUCUACAUAAGUGAAGAUCAAACCUACCUUGCCUUUGCUGAAAAGCGGAAAAGUGAACACGACACACAUGCAGAAUUGCUUGUAAUGAGAAGAGGAUCGUGGAAAGAUGACAAGAAGGAAGUUGAGUGGGUCAGUGGAUAUCAGGUGCUCAGCGCUUGUCUACCAAACCACCGCAGCAUGAAUCCAUGUCCAGUCUAUGAGAGAAAAUCCAAGACCCUCUUUCUGUUUUUCAUUUGUGUUCCCAAUGGAGUUUCAGAAAAUUACCAAAUAAAAGAAAAAAAGAACAGGGCUCGGCUUUGUUACAUAACCAGUAAGGACACUGGCAAAACAUGGAGUUGUAUUACUGACUUGAAAGAUGUGAUCAGAGAAAAGGAGAAAAACUGGGCCACCUUUGCUGUUGGACCAGGACAUGGUGUUCAAAUGAAGAAAAGACUGAUUAUCCCAGCAUACACAUAUUAUUUUAAAUCCGUAAGUGAUACGCCCACAUCACAUGCAUUCGCAUUCUACAGUGAUGAUGAAGGAAACACUUGGCAUGUAGGAGAACAUAUAGAUGGUGAGUCUAAUGAGUGUCAGAUGGCUGAGAUCAUAGACGGUACACUGUACUGCAAUGCUCGAAGUACAUCUAGACACAGAGUCGAGGCUCUAAGCAAGAAUGGUGGAAAAAAUUUUGACAAACCUUUAUCUGCUCAUAAGCUGAUAGACACUGGAGGUGGCUGCCAAGGAAGUGUGCUGAAUAUUCUGUCCCCUGAUCAGAGUACAUGGCUGAUCUAUUCUCACCCAUCUGAUAAAAAGAAGAGAAAGGAUCUCAAAAUCUAUAUAAAUAAUUCACCGAAGGAUCCCAAGCAAUGGAAAACCAUACAACACAUCAAUGAAGGUCCAAGUGGAUACUCAGAUCUGGCAGAGUGUAAAGAUAGAAAUUACAUUGCCUGUCUCUUUGAAUGUGGACAGAAAAGAGAAAUUGAAACAAUAGCCUUCAAGCUUUUCAAUAUCAGCAAUGCUUUUGAUAAUCAAUAAGUGGAUUCUCCACAGCAACGUUCAAGUUCAUGUUGCAAAAAUUGUUCUUUUAAUGUAAUUUUUGUUUGUUUGUCUGUUAUAGUUAAUUUGCUAAAUGAAAAUUGCUGAAUGUUAAAAAUCAAGUUGGAAAUACAUCAAUAUAAUAAUUCAAAUAACCAACCAAGCAAUAUGCUUUCGUUAUUAUAACUGUAUUAUAACCUUUUUAAAUCCUAUAUUUAAUUCACCUGAAUUAUUCAAUAAGUAGGAAACAGGAAACAUAUUUUCAUU